AUGAAGCUGACGAAUAAAGAGGAAUUCGCUUACGCUAUGGUUCCGCUGAAGAUCCUCGCCUGGCCUGUGGGCACGUGGCCUCUGGAGAAACACAACGUCUCCUCGGUCUUGCGCUUCUUCGUCUCCGUGUGCCUUUUGAUACUGAUGAUUAUCAUCGUGCUAACGGAGAUAUACUUGGACCACGGCGACGCCGAGAAGAACCUGGACGCCGUGGUGCUGAACACUUGCGGGAUCCUGGCGUUGUGGAAGGUGGCGUUGUUCCGCAUCCGCUCCAACGGAUUGUUCACCAACUUCUCUUCAGCGGUGGACGACUACAACGAGCUGCGAGAAGAGGAGAAACGAGGUAUCGUCAAGAGGCACGCUUAUAUGGGGCGAGUGGCGUGCGCCAGCGUGAUAGGGUUCUCGUACUUUGGUUCGACCUUGUUCGUGACAGUGACGAUGUUUGCCGAAGACGAGGAAGUCGCGGUGGUCAACGUCACGGAAGAGGACAUCAUGGAUUACCCUAUUCCUUCCAAAUGCGUCAUAAAUGCGCUGAGAUUGCCAGAAUCUCUGAACCCUGUGAUCUUCAUUGUUGAGUACGCGAUGAUGCUGAUCACCAGCACGGGAAACUUGGGUAGCGAUGGAUUGUUUUUCGGUAUCACGUUCCACCUGUGCGGUCAAGUAGAGGCCUUGAAGCUAGACUUCACCAAAUUCGUGAACGAAACGGAGAACAUUGCGGAGCGUUUCAACGCGCUGACCACGAGACAUCGCCAUCUUUUGAAACUAUACAAGAUGCUGAACGAUACCGUCAGUUCCAUCUUGGUUUUGCAACUGUUCACGAGCUGCGUACUUAUCUGCACGACUGGAUUUCAGUUUAUCAUGUCGCUAACCGUCCACAACGUCAUCAUGGUGAUAAAAACGUUGGUGGUAGUGAGCACAUUGCUGACACAGCUGUUCGCCUACAGCUACGUCGGCGAGUACGUGACAAAUCAAAUGGAGGGCAUCGGUUACUCUGUUUAUUGCAGCGACUGGUACAAUAUACCGAGCCAUUUGUCGGGUGACAUCGUCUUCGUGGUGAUGAGAGCUCAAGACCCGAUCUAUCUGCGAGCAGGGAAAUUCUUCGUGGUCAAUAUGGAAACUUACAUGAGUAUCGUGAAAACUUCUAUGUCGUACCUUUCGGUUCUGCGAGUGAUGGUAACGACCUAA